ACCUUGUAAAGACAGCCAACGAUGCAUGCAUCUAUAAUCUGCUCAGUAGUCUUGUCAGCGGCUACCUUUGUCUCAUCUCGGUCAAGCGCUUCUUAUCUGACUCAGUCUUUGUUGAGUUCGUCGUACGGAAGACAAAGCAGCAGCUCCGUUCCUUCGCAGUGUACCUCGAUCUGCGAUCCUGUCAACGAUAAAGAGAAUGAUAUGAGCUUUCAUCCCGGACCUCGACCUUGCUGAUGUGCUAACUCUCGCCCAGGGAUGUCCUAUGUCCGUAUGCUGCACUCAGUCCUUUGAAACAAGCUACUACAACUGCCUCUUGUGCGUCGGCAUUGCAUUGAAUGCUACAGAUUAUAUACAGGCACAAGCCGAUUUGAACGGACUCUACGUCUCUUGCUCCGAUUACGGUUAUUCACUGCAAGAGCUCACUCUCCCUGGUCAAGACGCUCACACAAUUUCUUCCCGUGCUAGAACUUCCAGUGUUGUGGAUGAAACCGCUGUGCCGUUGGCAGAGGUCGACGUCCCAGAAGAGGCGAGCGAAAUACUUGAAGACAAUAUGGUGGUCGUCAGGGCGGACGUUCCCGAUGCUGAUCCUUCUCCACCCAGUCCUCCUCCAUCCAGUCCUCCUCCUCCUCCACCCUCAAGCUCAGGUGCUGCGCUGGGACUAAGCACGGGAGGGAGCCGAGUCUUGGCUUCGGUUAGUGCUACUGUAGGAUUGAUCGUGCUGUGGAACAGCUAAUCGGGAAAACUGUGUAUAAUUGUUCUGCUCGUCGACAUGAGACUGGGCCAUCAGCAAAACCA